CGGACGGUGUCCACCCUUGGGUUUUGUUUGCACUCAGGUCCACCGCUAAGCGACUGCAAGCGUCGUAUGACCCAAUGGCGCGAGGCGGAUACAUGACCAAGAGAGGGGGGAGCGCCUCCAUCUGUAUGUGAGGGGUCUCUAGCAUACAGCGUGGAACCCCCGAUGUGACUGUGGCGGCGACGGUGCCUGCACGUGGGACACGCGUGGAUAAUGGGCGUGGACGGCGGGAAAUGGUUAUAAACUGGGUAUAUGGCUGCCCGUCUGGAAAGAUGUCUCGGUUUGUCUGGUCAGUCGUUUUGCCCCGGCCUAGUCACUUGUCACAAUGCAUGCUCGCUAUCUCUUGGGUUGUUUCGCCGCUGCGGUGGCCGCACCAGCUGUGUCGGCUGCCCCAGCGUCGGCCCACAAAGCUGGAUCCUCCGAGUCGAUCGCAAACAUGAAAGACAAGAUUAAGAAUGUCGUUCUGCUGGUCAUGGAAAACCGAUCCGUCGACAACGUGCUGGGCGGACAGACUAUCAAGGGCCUGGAGAACCCCAUCAACAAUGGACCUUUCUGCAACCCCGUCAAUACCGCCGAUAAGUCUGACGGGGAGGCGUGCAGCGAGGCAAGCUCGUACGAUUCGAUCCUGAACGACCCCGAUCAUUCUAUCACCGGCAAUAACGUCCAGUUCUACGGCGACUUUGCUCCGGAUAACAAGGCAAUUGCCGACGGCACGCUAACCCCCACACAGAAGGGAUUCCUGCAGGAGCAGCUUCGCUCGUAUCCUUCGGACAAUGAGACCCACCUGGCGAAGCAGGUUAUGAACUACUAUACCGAGGCGCAGGUUCCUGUCCUCACUUCCAUGACGCAGAAUUUCGUGGUGUUCAACCACUGGCACUCGGAUAUUCCAGGGCCGACCAACCCCAACCGCAUCUCCCUGCUCUCAGGCACCUCAGCCGGACACGGGAAAAACGAUGCGUCAAUGAGCACAAUCAUACACGGUAUCAAACACCGCUCGAUCUUCCAGCAGCUGUCAGAGUCAGAUCGCACCUGGGCGAACUACUACACAUGGGCCGUCCUCGCCGACGCGCAAUUCUUCGACUGGACCUGGACAAGCUUCAACGCGCUCAAGGCCAAACCAUUCUCCAAAUUCUACAAAGCCGCCGAAAAGGGCGAGCUCCCAGACUUCACCUACCUCAACCCCUCCUGCUGCGGCAAGGGCACCAACUCCAUGCACCCGACGGGCCUAAUCUCCGACGGCGAGACGCUCCUCAAAGACGUCUACGACGCCCUCCGCGCCAGCCCCCAGUGGAACUCGACCCUCUUCAUCGUCACCUUCGACGAAACAGGCGGCUUCCACGACCACGUCCCGCCCCCGCUGGCCGUCCGCCCCGACGACGAAACUUACACCGAGAAAGCCGCCGACGACUCCGAGUACACCUUCGAGUUCAAUCGGCUAGGCGGCCGCGUCCCCACCUUCCUCAUCUCGCCGUGGGUCGGGGAAGGCUUCGUCGAGCAGAAGGGUAAGACUAGCGCCGGCGACACUGCGUCCUACUCUGCUUCGUCGAUUCUGCGCACACUCGGCUACCUAUGGGACUUUGAGCCGUUUACUCCGCGCGUGGAGCACGCCCCGUCUUUUGAUCACUUGAUUCGUGGGUCGAUGCGUGAUACCCCGAGUGCUAUGCCUGGCGUGGUUCCGUUUGGGGGGCAUUGAUGCCCUCUUUUUUUUAGUCUUCAAUCAUGGGACCAGGAAAUUAGAUUAUAUGUGCGGAGAAAGGCCGGAGCUAGCAAUAUAUAUAUAAAUGAUAAUGAUAUCACUGCAUCCAGCAAUUCACCCACCUAUCAAAGUGUGAGCCGUGCCCUAGUCGGAUGGAACGCCGUUGGUGGUACCGCAUGUAGGCGGGGUCUGAAAAGAGGGGUUACU